CCCCCUCUGCCACUCUUACCAGAAAAACAAUAAUAUUUAUAACAAUUAUUAUUAAUGGGAGAUUCGACUUGCUUGAUGCAUGGCUUCUCUUACGCUUCCGCCAUACCCAAUGAGUCGAAGAAGGGGAAUCCAAUGCAUGUUCUUGGGGAGUCGAUUUCGUUCGGGAGGUUCGCGACCGAGCCCUUGUCCUGGGAUAGAUGGUCGGCAUUUUCGUCGCACAAGAAGUACGUCGAGGAGGCUCAGAGGUUUGCGCAGCCGGGAUCGGUUGCGCAGAAGAAAGCCUUCUUUGAAGCUCAUUACAAAAAGAUUGCUGCCCAAAGAGCUGCAGCUUUGCUCGAACAGCAAAAUGCUGCAGCUGCUAAUGAUGAUGAUGAUGAUGAUCUGAGUGUCGGCGCCUUGUUGAAUCCAGCUGAAAAAGAUGAGGACAAAGUGUUGAAAGAACAGGACAUUGUUGAAGGGAAAGAAGAUUCAAAUUCAGCUGCAGAGAGGGGAAAUAAUAAUUUAGUCGUAAAGAAAGAAGAGUCGAUCGAACAUAACCUGCCAGAGAGUCUUGAAAAUCAUGAGACAAUUUCUGGAUCUGAUGGAGCUGCAACUCCAAAACUGGAGGAGAGGCCACUGCUGAAGAAUUGCGCUUCGAGUGAGGAUGUCCAAUCAGCCGCGACGAGCAAGAAAAAGUCGGGACUUUCUUCGCUCAAAUCGUCCAUCCAGCGCAAGACAUGGAAAGUGCCAUCCACACCUGCAAAUACCAAUCCAAUUUCUCCUCCUUUCAAGAACUCCAUGGAUAAGAACAGAUCCUCCCCCAAGUCCCUGCAAAGAUUGAUUAACUCGACGCCCUUAAGAGAGCCCGAUAAAGAACCUGUCAAGGAGACUGCAGGGCUUGUUGUUCCUAGUUCUUCAAGAACACCGAAGAAUUGCAGAACUCCAUGGAGGACUCCAGUUAAGGCAACCGUUAAUGGGGUGUCGAAAUAUUCUUCUACUGCCACUCCUAUAUCAGAGAACACAAGGAUGAAAACGCCGGUCGAUUCUUCAGCCCGUGGAAGCAAAACAAAUGGACCCAAAUGGCACAUUUUGUCUGCUGUUUGCACAAAGUCACUGACUGCUUGCCGGAACAAGCUACAGUCGCCGACAUUAUCCACUCCUUUUGUUCUGAGAACAGAAGAAAGAGCUGCAAAAAGAAAACAGAAACUCGAAGAAAAAUUCAACGAAAACGAAAUGCAGAAGGUCCAGCAACAGCAAAAGCAGCAAGUGCAACAGAAGACAUUAAAGGAAAAAGCCGGCGAUGAAUUCCGAAAACUGAGCUGUACAUUUUGCUUCAAAGCUCGCCCCUUGCCUGAUUUCUACAAAGAAAGGGAAAUGUCAAUAAUUAAUCAGAUGAAAAAGGUUAAAUGUUUGAUUCCAAAAUCAACUUCCCUGUUAUGUUCUGUUCUUCUGUUCUCAGACAUUCUAAAAACCAUUUUCUUCUAUGGUUUGCAGGCUCCUGCACCAGCAGCCGGACGCCGGCCUCAACCAACAGUGCUAGGAAAAACAAUCUCGAACAAGAAGCAAGGCAGCGCCACCUCAGUGCCACCAUCUGCUCCUCCAUUUCCAUCAUCUUUAGCCAAGAACAGUGGUGGUGGUGGUGUUUCAGAGAGUAGUAUGUUAAAAAGAAUCAAUCCAAAUCCGAACAGAGUUCUUUCUUUGAGGACAGCGCUUGAGAACCGAUCUCCAAAUAUUCAGCAUUGA